AUGCGGAUGAGGAGGAUGGUACGAGGUCUAGCCGUGAGGCAGAGCGCAUCGAAUACGUCCGUGCUUUUUUUCUUUCUUAUAGCGAGCAAUCAGUUUCCGAAAGCCGGUCAGAUCACUGUGAUACUUAAUAACUCAUUGUUUUUAUCAGUAUUUAGGGUAUAUAUAUAUAUAUAUAUAUAUUACAUUAUUGGAUGAGUCCAGUAAUGAGGCGAAAGCUAACGUGCUAAUGUUAGCAAGGAAAUCAAGAAAAACGUCGGAAAGCGGAAGUGCUGAAGUACCCGGAUUUCAAUUUGCCUGACAGAAGGUUUAUUGAUUCACUGGAAAGUACAAGGGAUGGAUGGGGACAAGGGAGCUGCUUCGGAGCGGAUUCUUCUAGAACCCUACAAGUACUUGCUUCAGCUGCCAGGAAAACAGGUGCGAACCAAGUUGUCCCAAGCUUUUAACCACUGGCUCAAUGUACCAGAGGAUAAACUACAGGUGAUUAUUGAGGUGACUGAGAUGCUGCACAACGCCAGCCUGCUGAUCGAUGACAUCGAGGACAGCUCCAAACUGCGGCGCGGUUUCCCCGUGGCCCACAGCAUCUACGGCAUCCCGUCGGUCAUCAACUCGGCCAACUACGUCUACUUCCUGGGCCUGGAGAAGGUCCUGACGCUGGAGCACCCGGAGGCCGUGCGCGUCUUCACCCGCCAGCUGCUUGAGCUCCACCGCGGCCAGGGACUGGACAUCCACUGGCGCGACACCUACACCUGCCCGACAGAGGCCGAGUACCGUGGCAUGGUCCUCCAAAAGACGGGCGGCCUCUUCGGUCUGGCCGUGGGCCUCAUGCAGCUCUUCUCAGAGUGGCGGCACGAUCUCAAGCCCCUGCUGGACACGCUGGGGCUCUACUUCCAGAUCCGCGACGACUACGCCAACCUGGCGUCGGCCGAGUACAGCGAGAAUAAGAGCUUCUGCGAGGACCUGACGGAGGGCAAGUUCUCCUUCCCCACCAUCCACGCCAUCUGGACGUGCCCCGAGAGCCGGCAGGUGCAGAACAUCCUGCGCCAGCGCACGGAGAACGUGGACAUCAAGCGCUACUGCGUCGACCACCUGGAGAAGGUGGGCUCCUUCGCCUACACCCGGCAGACCCUGCGCGACCUAGAGGCUGAGGCCUACCGCCUCAUACGCGACCUGGGGGGCAACCCCGAGCUGGAGGCCCUGGUGGUGCACCUCAGUCGCCUUUACAAGGAGCCCGAACCCUCGUGCAGUAGCAGCAGCAACAGCAACAACAAUAGCAACGGCGGCAGCAGCAGUAGCAGCAAGACGCAGUACUGACUGCAAUGGGCUACUGACCUGCAACAUCACAGACAUGUACUCUUGGUUGAUGGUUGAUCAGCAACAGCAGCAACAAGACUCAGCUCUGACUGUAAUGGACCUGUGACGUUGCAGACGUGUACUAAUCAAGCUUUACUGUAACUUCUUUGUUUGAGGUCAGUGAACGUAGGAACACAAUUUUCAGUGGCAUAGUAGAUAUGUCCUCCCUGCAGUUGUUUAGUGCUUUAUAUAUUCACACAAAAGUUGUCUGUGUACAUCGACUUACUGUUAAAUGCUACACUUUGUUCACACCACUGUUAUGUUGCCACAAGAACAGAAGUAGGAAUGUCUAUUACAUCAAUUGAUCAUCAGCAAAGGAGUUCCUGUAAAGCAGUUAAGGUCCUUACAGAAAAUCUCCCUUUUCAGUAUUGGCAGAUAUCAUGCUGUUUUGUUGGGGGAUAGUGCCCUGCUGUUUUGGCAGAAAAGUUAAGUAAAGGAUAUUUUUCAUAAGAGUGCAGAGUGUCUGAGUAUAGAAUUGGCACCAAACUGUACUUAAACUUCCCUUCCAUUUUGUAAGAGCUGUUCAGAAGGUUUCUCAAAUUUAGGAGUGUUUUCUCCUGCUUUCUCUUUUUUUUUUCUUCCUAUUUCUUUUUUCUUUUUCUAAUGACCAUUCUGUGCCAUGACUAAUCGCCAGAGAGUGCCCGCCGACUGACAUCCCUGCAGGGGG